AUGGCCAAGGAUCGCAUCUGUGAAAAAAAACUUCCAAGUUCAAGUCCUUCCAUUGAGUUCUUUAAGCAGAGCGGUUGGAGUGAUGCACAAGUCAUGAAGCUUACCCGGAGGCAACCCAAGUUGAUAUUUGCUAACGUAGAGACUGUCCUGAAGCCCAGGAUGAGAUCUUUGCAGGACAUGGGAUUUUCUGACACUGAAAUAAUUCAGCUGGUUUUUUCAUGUCCGACUCUGCUCUAUUUCCGUGAUAUCCAACCAACGAUCAACUUCUGGAGGUCACUUCUUGGUUCUAAUGAGAGGUUUCUGAAAGCCUGCAAGAGGAACUUGUUUAUUCUUACUUCUAGCUUGGCUCGGAAUAUAGAACCCAGUAUAUCUCUCUUGAGGGAACAUGGCAUCAGUGACGAGCGCAUCGCGCAUAUGGUGGUGACAAUGCCGGGCUAUUUUGGUAGAAUAGACAAAUUAAAGGAAGUUAUCAAAUAUAUUGAGGAAUUGGGUGUCCCACGUGAUUCUGGAGUAUACACUUAUGCACUUCAUGUGGUCGUUAAUGUGAGCAGGUCCAAGUUUGAUGCUAUGUCGGUAACUCUGAUGAGCUUUGGGUGGUCCCAGCCUGACAUCAAUGCUUUAUUCAGGAAGUGCCCAAACAUUUGGUCAUUCUCGAAGAAGAACAUAUGUGACAAGAUGACAUUCCUGACGAAGGAAGCUGGUUGUGAGCUGACAUGUAUCAGUCGCUAUCCGAUGCUUCUGAAGUAUAGCUUGGAGAAGAGGUUGAGACCUCGAUAUGAAGUUCUGAAGUUUCUUAAUCAGAAUAAAUUGCUGGAUAGAGAACAUAACCUGCCAUCUGUCAUGAUACCAAACGAAGAGAAGUUCAGAAAGAAAUUCCUUUUCCUGCUCCGCAAGGAGAAAUUUAUUGCUGAAUAUGAUUCCUAUGUUGUUGCUGUGCAGGGAAAGCACCAUGUUGUUGCCGAUAACUUGGAUUGCUAG